GUUUUCAGAUCGCAAAAUGAGAGCCAUCGAAUCGUCGCAAUCCAUCAAGGUUCCAGAAGGAGUUGACUUCUCAGUGCUCGGACGAUCCGUGGAAGUGAAAGGGAAAAGAGGAAUGCUAAAGAGGAGCUUCAACCGCAACAACGUGCAGAUCGAGCACAAUAAGAAAAGUGGAAAGAUCACUGUGAGGAAGUGGUUUGGAUCCAGGAAGGAACUGGCUGGCCUGAGGACCGUAUGCUCCCAUAUUGAAAAUCUGUUCAAGGGUGUUACAUACGGUUACCGAUACAAAAUGAAGGCUGUGUAUGCUCAUUUCCCAAUUAAUUUGAACAUCGUUGACGGCGGGAAGACUGUUGAGAUCCGAAACUUUCUGGGGGAGAAGCGAGUCCGUGUUGUGAAGAUGGUCGAGGGUGUCACGUGCGAACAGCCCAAGGGAGUCAAGGACGAGUAUUGGUUCUCCGGAAACGACCUGGAAGCUGUCUCGAGGAGUUCGGCUCUUGUCAAACAGAGUGUGUUGGUCAAGAAGAAAGACAUCCGAAAGUUUCUCGACGGCAUUUAUGUCUCUGAGAAGACCACUGUUGAAGAAGUUGCUUAAAUUGCUCAAAUAAUUGAAGCUUUCAACGGUA